AUGGAGGUCGAGCAUGCCCGAGCUUAUUCGGCUGCUAAGGGCCGUAUUUCUGAGCUUGAAGCUGCACUGGGCGGCCAGAGGCACGAAGCCGAGGUUAUAAGGCUAAAAGCCGAGCGGCUUGAAAGGCGCAUGGAGGAGCAAGUCCGGGAGGCCGUCCAGAACUUUGCCAGUCCGAGGAAUAUGUUAUUUUUACUAAUGUCUCAUUCUAAAAUGGGUGAAAAUGAGAUUAUUGAAGAUUUAAGGGAUGAGGAUGAUAGAAAUGAAGUUACUGCUGAAAAUGAUUGUGACAAUUCUUCUAGAAAAAAAUCUUGGGAUGGAAUGAAAAUCAUUCAUGAAGCUAUUGAAUGUAUAAGAGAAAUUGUUAGAUAUGUCUCUGCAUCCCCAUCUCGAAUGCAAGCAUUUAAUGAAAUUGUACAACAUAUGAGACUUCCUGCUAGAAAAGGACUCACUUUGGAUGUUCUUACAAGGUGGAAUUCUACUUAUGAAAUGUUGCAUGAUGCAUUUGGUUAUAAAGAUGCUCUUAUUAGAUAUGCAACUGAGCAUUCAUGUGUAUGCCCCACCAAUGAUGAAUGGAAAAAGAAUUCUAUAAUUCUUAAAUUGUUAGAAGCCUUUCUUGAUGCCACUAAAGUAUUUUCUGGUUGUAAGUAUCCCACAUCCAAUUUAUACCUAAAAGAAGUUUGGGAAAAUAGAGCUUUAUUGAUGGAUGAAAGUAUCGAUACUGAUGAAACAGUGAAGCAAUUAACAAAUGAGAUGCUAAAGAAGUUUAACAAAUAUUGGUCUCGGUGCAAUAAUUUGUUGGUAAUUGCUUCUAUUUUGGAUUCCAGAUCAAAGUUGAUAUUUGUAGAGUUUUGUUAUCAAAAGGCAUUUGAGUUGGAGUGCAAGAAAAAGAUUGAUGAUAUUCGUGCUUGUCUUUUUAAAUUGUAUAAUGAGUAUGUAGAUGCAACAAGGGUGCAGCCUUCUAUGAGUUCAAGUGAGCGAACAUCUAAUUUUGGUGGACAAGGUGAUAUAAGUUCUGUUUCUUCCAAAAAGAAAUUUGGUAUGGAUUUUGCUCAAUUUAGAAGUCAGAGUUCUUCAAAACGCCCAAAGAGAUCCGAGCUAGAUAGUUAUUUGGAUGAUGAUGUGCUUCCUGAUUUGGAGAAUAAGGAGUUUGACAUCUCAGCUUAG